AUGGUACGGGAUCGCCUCUCUCCAUACCUGGAGGGCAGGGGCUUCUUUGCAGCCACCAUGUUCGGAUUUCACCCGCACAUGUCUGCACAGGACGUCCUCCUCCAGCUGCACAGGGACGUAACACGACCCACAACUAUGCAACACAAUGACAAAGCCAUCGUCGCCCUUUAUCUUAAAGGGGCUUUCGACAAUGCUAAACACGGUAGCAUCCUGGCCAACUUAAAUUCCACCGAUUGUGACGCUAAAACCUACGCAUAUGUAAGAGAUUUCCUCUCUAAGCGCCAGGCUCUUCUUUGGAUCGAGGACGAGGAAUAUGCCCCUUACACGAUGGGAACACGGGGUACCCCUCAGGAAGCGGUGUUAUCACCGCUCCUGUUUAACAUAGCUAUGGUGCGCCUCCCAAGCCAAUUGGCCCGGGUGGAAAGCAUUCAACACUCGGUAUAUACAGAUGAUAUUACAAUCUGGACCACCGAGGGGAGCCUUGGGGAAAUGGAGGACCGCCUUCAGCGGGCCGCUUCCAUAGCCGAGGCGUAUGCCAUCGACUGUGGGCUCCAAUGUGCUCCAGCCAAAUCAGAACUUCUGCAUGUCAGAGCGAACCCAAAUGAUAGGUCAGCAAUACACAUCUCUCUGUCGGGAGGUCCUAUCAGAGAGGUGAAUGAGCUCCGGAUUCUGGGCCUGUUCAUUCACCACAGACUCAGACCGGACUCCUCUAUUGCGAAACUCAAGAGAGUAGGCGAACAGGUAGGGCGCAUGAUACACCGUGUUUCCAACAAGCGGGGCGGUCUUCGAGGCAGGGAUGCGCUUCGGCUAGUCCAUGCCUUCGUGACUAGCCGGAUCCUCUACGCCGUGCCAUACAUUCGCACUACUAAGCAAGAAGACGAGCGAAUAGACGCCAUCAUCCGCAAAGCAACUAAGCGAGCCCUAGAUCUCCCGGUGGCUAUCUCUAACGCAAAACUCAAGGCGCUGGGGGUGCUCAACUCCUACCAGGAGUUGCGGGAGGUCCACCUCGUGAACCAAUACACGCAGCUCAUGCAGACAGCCCACGGGCGCCGCCUGCUCAACCGCUUACACAUCCAACACGCUUGCACUCCAAAGGAGGCGGAGCGUAUUCCAGAACUGUGGCGCCAUAUGCUCUGGGUCUCUCCGCUCCCUCGUAACAUGGACACCGACACGCACGAAAGCAGACAUGCGCGGGCUCGGGCGCUUGAGAGACAACAUGGUUCUCGACCUGGUGUAUACUAUGUAGACGUAGCGGAGCCGUCGCCCGCGGGAUUUUACACGGCCGCCGUCGUUCACCGGGAAAAGCACGUUGAUGGGCACUCCUUCCGAGCCCAAAAUUCAGCGCGAGCUGAGGAAGUAGCGAUAGCACUUGCUGCCGCGGUCCCCAAUUCGAGAAUCAUCAUCACGGACUCCCGUAAAGCAUGUGAUCAUUACUUGACAGGGGAGAUCUCCCCCGUAGCCAGUCAAAUUCUAAGACGGGCUGCCAUUGACCCAACACCGAAACGUAUUAUUUGGGCUCCUGGCCACCAGGGCUUACGAGGUAAUGAGGCCGCUGACGCGGCUGCCCGAGCGCUUACCCACCGCGCUCCUCACCCUAGCUCUUCUAGCUCGGAGGCAAACCUACCGCUGCUGCGGUUCAGGGAAAUUAUAAGACAUUAUAGCGAUAACCACCGCCUUUUUCCGACUCCUGCAAAGGGGCUGAGUAAGGCGGAGGAGCGAACUUUAAGGCGCCUGCAGACAGGUACUCUACUCUGUCCUGCAAUCAUCAAACAUUUCGAUCCCGACACGGAUGAGCGGUGCCCGCACUGUGGGGAGACCUGUGAUAUCUUUCACAUGGUGUGCGCAUGUGCUAAAAAUCCCGACCUCCCCCCCUUCCCCUACCCUUCCCGAGACGCAUGGGAGACUGCCCUCCUCAACUGCUCCUCGCUGGAGUCCCAACGAUCUCUAGUGAAACGGGCGCAAGACGGGCCUCGUCAUGCGGUGUCCAUGACUAGGGACGCCGACCAUGUAGCGGGGCACUCUGUGGCCCCCAAACUCUCUCUAUUAGACAAAUAA